AUGGGGACUGCAGGUGGCUUCUUUCAGCUUCUCAAUCCCCUGCCCGCUGCAGACCCCUGUCCUCGGCUGUUUGUCCUGGGCAUCGGCUUCUUCACCCUCUGCUUCCUGAUGACAUCUCUGGGAGGCCAGUUCUCGGCGCGGCGCCUGGGGGACUCACCCUUCACCAUCCGCACAGAAGUGACCGGCGGCCUGGAGUCCCGCGGUGUGCUGCGCAAGAUGAGUGACCUGCUGGAAAUGAUGGUGAGACGCAUGGACGCACUGGCCCGGUUGGAGAACAGCAGCGAGCUGCACCGGGGGGCCGGCGACGGGCGCCUGGCCCUGGACAGGCUCCCCCCUAGUGCUGGCCUCAUGGAGCGGAUCCAAGCCAUCGCUCAGAACGUGUCCGACAUCGCGGUGAAGGUGGACCAGAUUCUGCGCCACAGCCUGCUCCUACACAGCAAGGUGUCUGAAGGCCGGCAGGACCAGUGUGAGGCUCCUAGUGACCCCCAGUUCCCUGACUGCUCAGGGAAAGUGGAGUGGAUGCGGGCCCGCUGGACCUCCGACCCCUGCUACGCCUUCUUCGGGGUGGACGGUACCGAGUGCUCUUUCCUCGUCUACCUCAGCGAGGUCGAGUGGUUUUGCCCCCCGCUACCCUGGAGGAACCAGACGGCUGCCCAGACGGGCCCCAAGGCCCUCCCCAAAGUCCAGGCAGCAUUCCGCAGCAACCUGUCCCACCUUCUGGAGCUGGUGGGCCGCGGGAAGGAGUCUCUGAUCUUCAUGAAAAAGCGGACCAAGAGGCUCACUGCCCAGUGGGCCCUGGCCGCCCAGCGUCUGGAGCGGAAGCUGGGGGGCGCCCGCAGGGACCAGAAGCAGAUCCUCGUGCACAUCGGCUUCCUGACGGAGGAGUCGGGGGACGUGUUCAGCCCGCGGGUGCUCAAGGGCGGGCCCCUGGGGGAGAUGGUGCAGUGGGCAGACAUCCUGGCCACACUCUAUGUCCUGGGCCACAGCCUGCGUAUCACCGUCUCCCUGAAGGAGCUGCAGAGUAAUUUAGGGGUGCCGCCAGGCCGGGGGAGCUGUCCGCUCACGGGGCCCCUGCCUUUCGACCUCAUCUACACUGACUACCACGGCCUGCAGCAGAUGAAGCAGCACAUGGGGUUGUCCUUCAGGAAGUACCGGUGCCGAAUCCGGGUCAUUGACACCUUUGGGACGGAACCUGCGUACAAUCAUGAGGAGUACGCCACGCUACACGGCUACCGCACCAACUGGGGCUACUGGAACCUCAACCCCAAGCAGUUCAUGACCAUGUUUCCGCACACGCCGGACAACUCCUUCAUGGGCUUUGUGUCGGAGGAGCUCAACGAGACGGAGAAGCAGCUCAUCAGGGCCGGCAAGGCCGGCAACAUGGCCGUGGUGUAUGGCAAGGAGCCUAGCAUCUGGAAGCUCCAGGGGAAGGAGAAGUUCCUGAGCAUCCUGAACAAGUACAUGGAGGUCCACGGCACGGUGUAUUAUGAGAGCCAGCGGCCGCCCGAGGUGCCGGCCUUUGUGAAAAACCACGGCCUGCUGCCCCAGCCUGAGUUCCAGCAGCUGCUGCGUAAGGCCAAGCUCUUCAUAGGGUUCGGCUUCCCCUACGAGGGCCCCGCCCCACUGGAGGCCAUAGCCAACGGCUGCAUCUUCCUGCAGUCCCGCUUCAGCCCGCCCCACAGCUCCCUCACCCAUGAGUUCUUCCGAGGCAAGCCCACCUCCCGAGAGGUGUUCUCCCAGCACCCAUACGCCGAGAACUUCAUCGGCAAGCCCCACGUGUGGACUGUGGACUACAACAACACACAGGAGUUUGAAGCUGCCAUCAAGGACAUCAUGAGGACACAGGUGGACCCCUACCUGCCCUAUGAGUACACCUGUGAAGGGAUGCUGGAGCGCGUCCACGCCUACAUCCAACACCAGGACUUCUGCGCAGCCCCCGGCCCCUCCCCACCAGGGCCCCAAGCGCCGCAGAGCCCCUUCGUCCUGGCGCCCAACGCCACCCACCUGGAGUGGGCGAGGAACGCCAGCGUGGCCCUCGGGGCCUGGCCGCCAGGGCACUCGCUCCAGGCCUGGCUGGCCGAGGCGGGGCGCGCCUGCACGGAUGCCUGCCUGGACCACGGGCUGGUCUGCGAGCCCUCCUUCUUCCCGCUGCUCAACAGCCGGGACACCUUCCGGAAGCUGCAGGUGCCCUGUGACAGCACGGAGUCCGAGAUGAACCACCUGUACCCAGCCUUCGCCCAGCCCGGCCAGGAAUGCUACCUGCAGAAAGAGCCUCUUCUCUUCAGCUGUGCGGGCGCCAGCACCAAGUACCGCCGCCUCUGCCCCUGCAGAGACUUCCGCAAGGGCCAGGUGGCGCUGUGCCAGGCCUGCCUGUGAGCCCGACCUGCACACCCCAGCUCCAGCUCCUCCCGGGGACACCCGUGCACCCAGGAAGCCGGCAGAUGACCGCACCAGCGAGGGCCUGAGCGGGCUCGCCAUGCACUGGCCUGUGCUCCUCAGGGUCUGAGCGAGGCGUCUCUAUUCAGCUGGGCCCCUGCUCUGGGGGCAUGCCUCUGGCCAGCGGAGCCAUGCAUGCAGGCCAGCUGUGACCCUCUGGAGGGAUCUGGGGGGUGGCCCAAGAGCGCUGGGCGGGGGGCAGGGGAGGCCAGGGCGUCCUGGCACUCAUGCCUGUCCUCAGCCACCCCCAGGCCCCCACCUCUCUAUGCAGGGACCACCCAGGCCCCGUCCACUUGUUUCUCUGCUUGUUUCAAAUCUCAUCCUCUGAAAACGGCGCUCCCGGCAUGACCCCAUCAUUCCAGACAGCAGGCCUUUCUCCUUAGCCUCCGUCUGCCUCCUCCAAGGGACGGGUUUCCUCCGUAGCCCCCCCAGAACAGACCCCAGGAGCCCCUCCAGAACAGACCCCAGGUGUAUCAUCCUGGACACCUCCGCAGGGGCAGACUUCCCCACCCCGCAUCCUUGCAGCAAGGGCCUGGGAUUGGAGCUGCAGGCCCUGAUGGGGGACCCCUCCAUGCUCCCUCCAACUUCAUCCACCCCGCCCCCACCCCAGGAUGCUCUGUCCCCCUCCCCACACCCCAGCCCUGCCUGGUUCUAGCCAGGCCUCAGAACACUGCCACCCCUUCCCCUCCACAGAGUUUUAGAACCCCGCCCCUGUCUGGUCAGCCCUGCCCCCCACAUAGACCUGCCCCCAGCUUUUCCAGGAGGCAGCUCCAGAACUGAGGACUCGCUGGGGGUGGGGUGGGGUGGGGGGCGCUCAAGUGGAGCUUCCUGCAGUGGUGGGAGGAGCCCCUCCCGGGCUGCUGGCUUGUGGUGGGCACCUGCUGAAGCUUCGAACCUGCCAUCACCUGAGCCCAGCCUGCGGGAAAGCAAUAGAGACUCUUUUCUCUCUUUUUUAAAGAUUUAUUUCUUGGAAUAAUAAAUAUUUUACUGGGAUGUGAGGUGCAGAGAA